CGAUUCCCGGCUGGCCAGCCCGCCCGCCCAGCAGCUCCAGUUUUGCCGGAGGACGCUGCCUUCUUGCUGGAGAGGGAGAAAAAAGCAGAAGCGCGAAGCGGAGGCGCUGCCUCCCCAGCCCCUCCAGACCAUGCCCUUCGCCCCAGCCAAAGUAGCCACCCGGCUGAGCCAAGGAAUCACCGCCAAAAGGGCAGCCGUGGCACUGUUGCUGGCAGCCUAUGGGGCCAGGAAGCUGUACCCCAUCCUGCGGAGGCAGUGGGCUGCCUCGGUCCUCCAGGUGGAUGCAGAGACCGCCAGCCCCAGGGAGUCAAAUGCAAAGUGGGGGGAACUCGAGGUGGACGGUGCAUCAUCAUCAUCAUCACCCCCUGGGGUGAACAAGGUGUUUUUCCUCCGCCUCCUGCGUCUCCUGAGGUUGCUGUUCCCGGGGCCACUCUGCCGGCAGACCGGACUCCUGGCCUUGCAUUCAGCUGCCCUUGCUAGCCGCACCUUCCUCUCGGUUUACGUGGCCCAGCUGGACGGGCGCUUGGCCCGCUCCAUUGUCCGUAAGAACCCACGGGACUUUGCGUGGCAGCUUCUCCAGUGGCUCCUCAUUGCCCUGCCGGCUACUUUUGUCAACAGUGCCAUUCGGUACCUGGAAGGACAACUGAGCCUGGCCUUCCGUGGAUGCUUAGUGGACCAUGCCUACCGGCUCUACUUUGAGGGUCAGACCUACUACCGGGUCAGCAACAUGGAUGGGCGGUUGCGUAACCCGGACCAGUCGCUCACCGAAGAUUUGGUGGCCUUCGCUAAUGCCGUGGCCCACCUCUACUCAAACUUGACCAAGCCUGUCCUUGAUCUCAUUGUGACUUCCUAUACCUUGGUCAGUUCCGCUAGAUCCAAGGGGGCUGACACAGCCUGGCCCUCGCUUAUUGCCGGUUUGGUGGUCUGCAUCACUGCCAAGGUGCUACGUGCCUGUUCGCCAAAGUUUGGCCAACUGGUGGCCGAGGAAGCACGCCAGAAAGGAGAGCUGCGCUACAUGCAUUCUCGGGUGGUGGCCAAUUCCGAAGAGAUUGCCUUCUACGGUGGGCAUAAGAUUCAGAGGCGGUGAAACAAGCGGCGCUGGAAAUGGACGAGCAAGAAUUGGUAAGCUUGAGGACCGAGGCUUUUACCACAGCACGGAGUCUCUUGGCCGCAGGAGCUGAUGCCACCGAGAGGGUCAUCUCUUCCUACAAAGAG